CGGUUCAAAGUUACGCAGUCAUCUGUGAACUCGCGCUCAACUAUCAUCGCUUUGUCAAUUCCUACCGCGAUGAAUGUUUUGUUCCCUCGCUUGCAUUUGUUUCUUCUGUUUGUUAUUCUGCCGUCUUCAUUAAUCGAAGGACGGCGAAUUUCGGAAAUAAAAUGCUCCGAGUACCGUAAUCAAACUAUUAAAUCUUCGGCAAUAAUACCGUUAACCAUCAAUCCGAGACCGAUAGUGCAUCAAAACUUCGAAUGUUCCAAAACGGUCGAUUUGAUCGUGGGAGGUGAAACAGCUAAACCGGCAGAGUUUCCCCACCAAGCAUUGCUCGGUUGGCCUAAAGUAGAUGAUCCCCAGCAGCUUGACUUCCGCUGUGGCGGAUCGCUGAUAAGCGAUCGCUAUGUGUUGACAGCCGCUCACUGUUUCAGAGAUGGCGACAGUCCAAUAGUCGUUAGGCUUGGCGAACAUGACGUUCUGAAUGAUAGAGACAAUCAGGCGGAUUUCGACAUUGAAGCUAUUGUGUUGCAUCCGAAUUAUAAGUUCUCUUCUGUUUAUCAUGAUAUAGCUUUGGUUAAGUUGACGGAAGCUGUUCUGUUUUCGAAGAUUAUUAGACCAGCGUGCCUUUGGACGAGUUUGGAUGUGAAUGUGACCUCAGUUGUCGCGACCGGUUUCGGGCUGACAGAGUUUGUGGGCCAAAGCUCAAAUCUUCUGCUGAAAGUAAAGCUAGAUUUUUUGGACAGAAAUGAGUGUUCCAGACAGUAUGCAGGUUUUCGAACCUUCAAGCGAGGCAUCAUCGAAGAACAGCUUUGCGUAGGAAGUAAACGGGGCAGUAAGGAUACCUGUCAAGGUGACUCGGGCGGCCCCAUACAAGUAAUAACGGAACCGAAGGGCUGCACGUAUCACAUUAUUGGAAUCACAUCGACAGGAUCGGCUUGCGGAGUGGGAAAAUCUCCUUCGAUUUAUACUCGCGUCGCAAGCUAUCUCGAUUGGAUUGAGGGCAUGGUUUGGAAAUAGUAGCAUAGAAUAUUGUAACAAGGAAUAAAAAAAAUGCAGGACUGGAGAGAAACAAAACCAUGAUCGUUAUUAUUUUUUCUUAAAUAUAAUGGAUGAUUAAUGAGAUGAAAAAAAACACGCAAACU